AUGAUCGACUGGGAUUGUGCUGAGGAACUGCCCUUUUUCUGCUACUCUGAUCCAAUGAGGAAACAGUUGGUGAGACUGAGGCUGACCGCCGACUCCUCCGUGGACAUGACGGACUCUGCUGUUAUGGAGUCAAUCAUAAAAUGGGUGGAAAGGAAGCUGAGCGAUAAAGGAGCGACUAAAGAUGUCAAACUGAGCUGGAGGAAGCUUCCGGAGAAGGAGGAAAACCUCAACGAAGAGCCAGAAGAACCAAUUGAACUCAGUGUAAGUUGUGAGUAUAUCAGCUGUGAUGAGGUUCCUGCAGGAAACCCUGGAUUUGUAUAUCUUGCUUACUUAUUCUUUUGCUCAGACUACAACACAGUCUUCAGCCAUGUGGACUCUUUGUGUUGGUAUUCAUGUGUAACUAAACUGUCUCCUCCAGGUCUGUCGCCGUUCCCCAGCUCGGUGGCCCCCGGUGAGCCUCCGCCCCCUUACUCGCUGCAGGGCAGCCCGGACAGCGGCAGCGCUCCGAUCAUCAGCUGCCGGGUCUGCCAGAGCGCCAUAUCGGUGGAGGGCAAGACGCACCAGCACGUGGUGAAGUGCAGCAUCUGCAACGAAGCCACGCCAAUAAAGAAUGCCCCUGUUGGAAAGAAGUACGUCCGCUGUCCGUGUAACUGUCUCCUGAUCUGCAAAGUCACGUCGCAGAGGAUCGCCUGUCCACGACCGUACUGUAAACGCGUCAUAAACCUGGGACCAGUUCACAUCGGCAGAGAAAGUCCUGAACCGCAGUAUCAGCCCGUCGGCAUCAGGAUCAUCUGUGGACACUGCUCCAAUACAUUCCUGUGGACGGAGUUUUCAGACCAGACCUUGGCCCGAUGUCCACACUGCCGAAAAGUCUCUUCUAUUGGUCGGCGGUACCCCAGGAGGAGGAGCCUACUGUGCUUCCUGCUGUUUGUUGUCCUCGUCGCCUCCACUGCAGGACUUCUGGUUGGUACGUGGAAGCCCGCCCAGAGCUCUAAAGGGAUCUACGUCUCGUGGGUGCUGCUGAUCCUGCUCGCUCUGUUCACCAUGGCAAGAACCAUCUACUGGAGGUGUCUGAAAAUCAGUGACCCCAUAUACAACAUCACAUAGAGAGAGAGAGAGAGAGAGAAGGGGGGGGAGAAGGAAGGAAGGGAGGUAGGUAGGUGAGAGGGGAAGUGGAUGAAGAGAAGGAGGGGAAAGAGUUGAGAUACAGACGAGACAAAGAGAGAAGAAAAUAUGUUGAAAGUCAAACUCCACAUUCAUGCCAGAUUGGAUUUACGGUGCCAAUUGACCCUCUGCUAAGCCCCGCCCCCCCCACUUCUACUCCGUCAAGCUGUCCUAAUUUUAAGAAAUGCGAAUAAGUGUUUUCUGAGAAAAGCAGACGGAAGUGUGUUUGAAGGAUGUAUCCUUACUCAGCACUGAAAACUGUUUAAAAAGAUAAAGAUAGAAGCUAAAGCUACAGUUCUUCCAACUAAAAGUAUCACUAUUACGCAAUAUCUAACCACGACUAGUUCAAAAUCCACAAAAGCAGCCUGAAGAUGAAGACCACGAGAGUCUGCGAAGCAGAGCCGGGUAGUUGUCGGACCCUGGUCGGAGCUGACUGAUGCUACGCUAUGAUUGGCCAGUCUGCGUUAAAGGGGCGGAACUUAGCGAAGGGUCGAUUGUCCGAAAAUCUUCAUUAUAAGCACGACAUGUUUUUUGUUUUUCAUUUGUUAAAUGAAGAGAAAAAGAAAGAUGGUAGUUUGAGAUAAAAGACGGACAAAGCUAGAGAAAGAAAUGUUUUAAAUGAUUUGUUUUUGACCUGGUAGUCUUAUCAAAUGUUGGUAGAAUAUGUUGUUUCAAAGCCUGGUGCUGCUGUUAAAUUCACAACAAUAUAAUGUAAACAGGUUGUAACUUCUGUGAACUACAAUUAUAUGAAAUCUUAGUUUCCUCCAGAGAAAUGCAACAAUAGCAAAUAAAAAACAGUGAAGCCCUGGGAGGUGUUUGAGUGAGACGCUGAGCUGUAUAAUCAAACCAAAUGGGCGGGAAAUCAAUAAUGAACCCGAAUCACAGAGUACUGUGAGGAACAAUAUGUGCUUAUUUCUGUUAUUCUUUAAAUGAUUAUUGUCUCUACACUAGAAAAUAAAAUCUAUUUUUUUGUAGUUAAAUGUUGUUGGGAAAGGCAAAUAUUGGUUUGAGAGUUUAAAAAAAUUAGAAAAGGUUGAUGACCUCACGUCUGUACGGUAAGCUUAGCUUAGCAUGAAAACAUGGAAACAAAAGGUAACGGCUCACUAUUUAACAUGUUACAUCUAAUUUGUCUAAAACUGUAAGUGUUAAAAUAUCAUAAUGUGCUUUUUGGGGCAUAACAAGAUAAUAUGAUGAGGGAAAUGUAAUUGAUAGAGGAUGUAUAUCAAUUAAUUGGCAUUAAUUGAGAGUAAGCAGCAUUCAGAUCAUCUCACACAUGGAUUUUGGGGCAUUUUGAUUUAAUGUGCUUGUGUUUGAAAAUAAUUCAUAUCAAAGAAUUCUUCAUAUUCCGCUAAACUUUUAACUUAAAAAAGUUCCGUUUUACCUGUUUUGAGGCACUUUAAGAAAUGACUUGAAGACUUCACACAGAAUGGUUUAUUUAAGCAUCUUCUCUCUUUUUUUUAAGUCGCAUCUGUCUCGCUUGAAUCAAACUGAAUUUGCGCUGAUGCAUCAUUAAAAAGCAGUCGGUGUCUCGUUCUCUGUCGAAGUGUAAAUAUUUGCGGGUUUAUUUCGGACUGUACAGAAUUAUCAGAGCUGUUGCCCCCCCUUGUGGCUGGUUAAUGUAAGUACUCGCUGACCUGUGAAACACGUUGCACUAUGUUGUACUGAUGUACUACUAAUGUAUGAUUUUGUCAAUAUUAUUCCGGUGGCUGGAUUUUCUUUUUUGUAUAUUGUGAAACAAUAAUACUUUUAACAACGUC